AUGCCGACAGUCUACCGUUCUCCAUAUCCAGAUUUGGAUAUCGAAUCCGUGGAUUUGGUCUCCUACCUCUUCUCCAAUCCUCUUAAUACACCCUUGGACAAACCUCUAUACAUCGAUGCUAUCACGGGGGAGCAGUAUACCUUCGGGGAUGUAGUGCGACGCACACGCUCUCUGUCUAAUGGUCUCCGACAAAGUAUAGGCGUCAAGCCCAAUGAUGUCAUCUCGCUAUUCAGCCCUAAUACAAUCGAUUACCCCGUCGUAUGCCAUGCAAUUGUGGGAUCUAGGGCAAUCGUUGCUCCGACCAGCGCAGCCCUGACCUACCGAGAGCUAAACGCUCAGCUCCAGACCAGCGGGGCAAGAUUCAUCGUCGUCCAUUCGUCUUUGUUGGAGACAGCCCGGAAGGCGGCGAAGGGUACAUCUAUCGAAAAAGUCAUCCAGAUAGAUGGCCAAACGCCAGUCAACAAUCUACCCACCUGCAAUUAUCUCGCCAGCACGUUCGCACCGGCAGACUUCCUCGCCAUCAACCCCUCCGAAGCACACCGUCAACCAGCGUUCAUCUGCUUCUCAUCUGGGACAUCCGGCGCAGCCAAGGGCGUCGUCAUAACACACCAGAACAUCACCUCCAACCUCCAGCAAUGGCGUACCCAUAUGCUAGACUCCGGACUUCCCCACCAGCGACCGAAAAGAGACUCCGCCAUCGCAUUCCUGCCCGUCAGCCACAUCUACGGGCUGAACGUAUUCCUCUGCCAAUGUCUAAUCUGGGGCACGACGGUAGUCGUCAUGUCGAGAUUCGACCUCGACCUCUACCUAAGCUGCAUUGAGAAAUAUCGGCCCGACGAGCUGACCGUCGUUCCGCCCAUUGCCCUGCUGCUCGUUAAGGACGAGCGCCUCGCCAAGUACGAUCUCAGCAGUGUGCGCAGGAUCGGAUCCGCUGCCGCGCCGCUCACGCGUGAACUAGCUGCGGCUCUAGAAGCCAAGUUCAUGGACAUGUACAAGACCGAGGUCUUUGUUACACAGUCUUGGGGUCUGACGGAGACCUCGCCGGUGGUAACUUCCAUUCCGAAUGACCGUAUGGAUAAGCGGACGACGGGCGUAGGCUGUAUUGUGCCGAAUAUGCAGCUUCGCUUCGUCGAUCCGGAGACUAUGAAGGAUGCUGCCGUUCUGGCGGAUGGAUGCACGGAGGCUGCGGAGAUCUGGGUUCGCGGUCCGAAUGUGGUGAUGGGGUACUACAACAAUGAGAAAGCGACUGCGGAGUCAUUCCACGUCGACGAGGAGGGGAAGAGGUGGUUCCGCACGGGAGAUGUCGGGACGAUCGAUCGGGAUGGUUAUGUUACUAUCCAGGAUCGGAUUAAGGAGAUGAUCAAAUAUAAGGGUAUGCAGGUCAUUCCUAGUGAGUUGGAGGGGAAGCUGGUGGACCACCCGGAUGUGGAAGAUGCUGCCGUCACUGGCGUGUGGGUGGAUGACAUGGCUACUGAGCUGCCGGUCGGCUUUGUGGUGUUGGCUCGCCAGGCCAGGGAACGGAAUCUGAAGGUUGUUAUUGCUGAGAUCGACUCGUGGUUGAAUGAGCGUGUUGCCAACCAUAAGCGUCUGCGUGGAGGUAUCCAUGUUUUGUCGCAAAUUCCUAAGUCGCCCAGUGGGAAAAUUCUGCGCAGACAAUUGAGGGACUCGCUGAAGAGUAAGACUAGGUCAAGACUGUGA